AGCGCCCCGCACCCCGCUCUCAGAUCCGCCUCGCGGCCCCCGUGCGCUGCUGCGCCCCCAAUUCCCACCCCCUCCCAACCCUCCAAAUCCAUCUCCAGUCUCUCUCUCUCUCCCCCUCUCUCACACGGAGCGACAGCGAGCGGGCGACGCAGUCAGGCCCAGGCAUGGCCACUUCCACUUCCAGCGGCGACGAGUCGUCGCCCCCCGCGCCCUCGGACCUCGCCGUGCUCCCCUCCUACCCCGAGAUGAUCGUGGAGGCGAUCGCGUCGCUGGCCGAGGAUAACGGCUCCAGCCAGGCCGCCAUCGCGCGCCGCAUCGAGGCGGCCCGCGGCGCCGCCGGCGAGCUCCCGCCGUCGCACCCCGCGCUCGUCGCCGCGCACCUCUCCCGCAUGUCCGCCACCGACCGGCUCGUGGCGGUCGCCGGAGGGAAAUACGCGCUCCCCCCGCCGCCGGUGGGACGCCCCGUAGAGGCGGAAGAAGAGGAGGAGGAGGACGACGACGGCUCUCCCGACGACGCGCCGCCGCCGCCUCCCCCCAAGCGAGGCCGCGGCCGGCCCCCGAAGGUGCGCCCGCCGCCAGGAUACCCCGGCGGACCUCCUGCCGCCAUCGGCGCGCCUAGCGACGGACUAGCCGUCGCCCCGGCAACUCCUGCCGCGCCGCGCCGGCGCGGCCGUCCUCCCAAGCCGAGGGACCCACACGCGCCUCCGAAGGUCCCGCGCCCGCGAGGCCGGCCGCGCAAGAACCCGCUCCCGGACGGCAUGAUGCCAGUCCCGCGCCCUGGCUCCACCACGUCCAAGCCGCGCCUGCAGUUCGCCGAGGUCGGCUUCGUGUGAGCCGGGACGGAAAGGAUGCGCUAACUUUUCCACUGUCCCAGAUGUGGUGUUCAAUGUGGGGGUGUUUUUCUCUGUUCUGUGUUGUCCUAAUUCUUCAGAGUGGGAAAUGAGGCAAGGCGAGGCGGCGUUGUCCGGUGGGUGUGGGUGGUGUGUCAGUCCGUGCUGUUUGCUACUGUUGCUCGCCGGAGGCGUAGGGGUCUCACUCUCCUCCGGCGAUGGUGUAUCCUGUAUCUCUCUGUCGCACAAACGCAAUGCAAUGCAGUGCAGUUAGCAGAUCAUUUCCGUCCAGGAAGAAACCACUAGCCGGGGGUGUCUGCCUCAUCAGGUCUUGAUGCAUGGCUUAUCGUCACGGCGGUUGAUUCAAAGCGAGAAUUACAGUGACCUUCACACCUCUUUCGAUC